AUGGUGCAGAGCGUUUUGGCUGCAAGUUCAAGGCUUUUUUUGCAGCAUGGUCAUGGUGACAUCUACAAGCUGCAAGGAGGCACUUCAGUUCCCUUGCCUCCUUCAAGUACCAGAUCUACUGAGAAGAACGAUCAAGCAGCAGUAGUGUUGGAUCUCUUCACAAGCAAACCCGAUCUUUUUGCACGCUCCGAUCGAUAUGCAGAGCUCAUCAAAUUCGCAACCACAGUCCAACAACUCCAGCAACUUCACGCUGACAUUCUCCGCAACCCAGCGGGAUAUACAGUGCACACCAUCAAUCUCCUGAUCCAGCACUGCAGCAAGCUCGGCGAUCUCGACUCUGCGCGCCAGGCCUUUGAUGCCAUCGCCCAUCGGCGAGAUUGCUACUCGUGGGUCAUGAUGAUCACUGCAUAUACCCAGAAUGGGCAUUUUGAAGCUGCCCAGGCUGUGAUUUAUGCAAUGCCGGAUUGUAAUCUUGUGGGAUCCAAUGCAAUGCUUGCGCUCUAUGCGCAAACAGGAGAUUUGGACGCCGCCCUGGAUCUCUUUGGUGCCAUGCCUGUAAGAACCCUAAUUUCCUGGACUUCCAUUCUUGCAGCAUAUGCCCGUGUGGGGCAUCUUCAUGACGCAACGCGUACGUUUGAUUCAAUGCCCGAAUGGAAUCUUGUUACAUAUACGGCCAUUAUAACAGCAUAUUCCCAGCUUGGGUAUCUAGAUGGUGCUAAAGCCGUGUUUGAUUCCAUGCCCUCCAAAGACGUGGUGGCCUGGAACUCGAUACUCGCAGCAUAUACCCAGAGUGGGGAUAAUCUUAGUGCCGGCCGUGUUUUUUAUGCCAUGCCAGAGUGGAAUUCUAUCUCUUGGAACACUGCUUUGACAGCAUAUGCUCAAGCUGGGAAUUUUGAUAGAGUGAUUGAUUUGUUUCACACAAUUCCUAUGAGGAGUCAGCUCUCUUACAAUGCUCUUCUCUAUGCGUAUGUGCAGAAAGGAGAUUUUGCAAACGCGAAUCGAACGUUUGAGAUUAUGCCAACCUGGGAUCAAGCGUCAGGAUGCAUCAUGCUUGUGGCAUAUUCCCAUCUCAGGCAUCUUGAGCAAGCGAAGGCAGUGUUUGAUUCUAUGCCAGAGAAAAACGUUGUACUUUGCACAAGUCUCUUGUGUGCCUACUCAAAUGGCGAUAGGCUAGAAGAUGCCGAGGCCGUGUUUGUGAAUAUGCCCAGACACGACAUUGCAUCUCAAAAUGCAAUGCUGGCAGCAUAUGCCCGGCACGGGCAUCUUUACAAACUUGCAACUUUGUUUUCCUGUGCUGUAGAAACAAACACUAUAACUUGGACAACUCUGAUUUCUGCUUAUAUAACACAUGGCUUUAUUAGUCUGGCCUGGAGAACCUUGUAUCAAGCUCCAGAGUUGGACGUUUCAUCCUGGAAUGCACUAUUAACUGCAUAUACACAAAGAAAUCUUUUGCGUGGAGCGAUAGGAGUGAUGACCACAAUGCCUUCCAUGAACGAGGUGUCUUGGAAUAUCAUGCUAACUGCAUAUGCUCAAGUUUGCGACUUUACGAGUUUAAUAGCUCUUUUCUACAAAAUGGCAGUGGAGGGAGCAGUAGUAACAGAUUCUACCUUCUUGUGCGUUAUCAUUGGGUGCAGUAGAGCAGGAGUUGUAAGCACUGGAUUGCAACACUUUCGUUCUAUGGUUGCUGACUAUGGGUUUAGCCCAGAGAUCCAGCACUACUGCUGCUUGAUUGAUCUUCUUGGUAGAUCUGGGUACUUGAAAGAGGCAAGGGAACUGAUUCUCAAUAUGCCCUUUGUACCGGAUGAGAUCAGUUGGAAGUGCCUCCUUGCAGCUUGUAGAUGUCACCAUGAUCAAGAAGGUGCCACUUUUGCUGCAAAAAGAGCCUUGAACUUGCAACCAAGACGCUCUGCACCAUACCUUCUCUUGGCCACAAGCUACUAG